UACUCAUAAUAGGGCCAUAUCUUUCGAGAUAAUAUAGUAAAACAUAUUGUUGCAAGUCUCAAGUGUCUUUUCUGGCCUGAUUGAGCGAAUUUACUCUUGAUAAGAAAGACUGCUGAAGAGUUGAAUUGGUUUAUGAGCUAAGCAAAUUCAAGUUUUAUUUAAAUUAUCUAGAAAUUUUGGACAUAGCAAUAUGGAACCUGGAAUCCCUCCCAUGAUGGAAAGAAGCCCAGCUUAUACUCAUGUUUUAACAGCUGGGGGAAUUGGCGGCGCUACGGCGGAUUUACUGAUGCAUUCGUUGGAUACCGUCAAAACAAGACAACAGGGUGCCUUGUAUACAGAUAAGUAUAGAGGGAUGGUUCGUAGCUAUCUUACAAUUUUUCAGGAAGAAGGCCUUUUCCGUGGUUUAUAUAGUGGAGUGUGCCCAAUGCUAGUUGGCAGUCUUCCCGCUACGGCGCUAUUUUUUAGCGCCUAUGAAUUUACCAAAAGGCAUUUAAUGGAUAGUUACCACGUUCCAGAAACGCUUUCGUUCUUGCUCGCUGGUUUCGUCGGUGAUCUCUUUGCAUCUGUUGUUUACGUACCAUCAGAAGUUUUGAAAACUCGUUUACAGCUUCAAGGACGAUAUAAUAACAAAUACUUUAAAUCCGAUUACAACUACCCCUCCUUCCGAGGUGCCAUUAAGCAAAUUGCAAAGGAAGAAGGUCCAAGAACAUUUUUCUUUGGGUAUCGCGCUACUGUUUUACGAGACAUACCUUUUUCUGGGUUGCAGCUAUUAUUUUAUGAAAAACUUCGUCAGGGAGUACAAAGGUACUCUGGUAAACAUGAGAUUGGUGUCGGAUAUGAGCUACUUAUUGGUUCAUUAGCAGGUGCUGGAGCUGGAUUUUUAACAACGCCUUUAGACCUUGCAAAAACAAGACUUCAGACUAUGGUACGACCUACGGGUGUUUCAGACAACAUUAAAAGUGGUCGUUAUUUCUAUGGUCAAAUGGAAAAUUCUUUAGGAAAAUCUGCAUCAGUUCCUCGAAAGCAAACAACUGGAAUAAGGAAAGUUUUAUCUACCCUUUACAGAAACGAAGGAGCCAUGGGAUUAUUUAAGGGUGUUGGUCCCCGUGUGUUUUGGACUUCAUCGCAGAGCUCAUUAAUGUUUGUUUUUUAUGAAAGUAUAAUCAGACUUUUCAAACAAAAAGAAGCCGAGUCUAUGCUGAAUUGAUACUUUCGUUCAUAUUUAACUAUUAUCUCACUAUGUUUUGUCGUCAUUUGACGAACUAAAAGUCUUUUAAAAUCUCCCUUUUCACCGUCUCUUAGCUUGUUUUAACAGUGGGUAUUACUAAAGCCUUUUUAAACUCUUUUUUGUUCUUUUUAUGUCGGGCAUGGCUAUUUCUUGUUAGGAUUAAAGAAGAAACACUACUAUAAAAAUCAUAGAAGGCGUGUUUGAUUUCGAAGUACUUGUCUUUCAACUAAAUAGAUUCCCUCAUUAAAAAUGUUGAUGCGAAAAGGCAAAUUCUUUUCCUCUCUUGAAGAUCCAGGUUUACAUUACGACCUUAUACCCUAUAAUGAAAUAGAAGAUUUACUCCCUUUCACUUACUCCUUUUUGUCUUCUGUAUUAAAAGGUUGAAAUACUUUAAGCUUAAAUCAUACUAGAAGAUUGUAUGGCAUGGUAUAUAAAAUACUAGUUUGACUUUUUUGCAAUCAGUAAAUUUACUGCCAGUUUUCAUACUAAAUUAAUUACGAAAAGAAAAUUAUUUCAAUUUAUUAACCUAAUAACUAAAAUCCUU